CUUCCCUUCUCUAAAACCCUUAUCAAAAAUUUCGAACCCGUCCGAGUUUCGUCCCCUCUUAUACAAGCACUCAAUUGUUCUUAUUUCAUAUUUCCAGUUUUAUAUGCUCAGUACAUUUUAUAUUCUCUUUAAAAAAUAAGUGUCCCUUUCCUAUGUUCUUUAAAUCAUGUUAGCAAAGCAGGUAAGAGUGUGCCACUUGAAGUUAAGAACGCAGAUAAGAGUGUGCCUCUUGAAGUUAAGAAGCAGAGUCUUCAGAGUUUUAGCCCAACUAAUGGUAUCUUCAAAAAGGAAAAUGAUUAAUGAUGAAGAGGAGGAAAUAGGAGAAAUUGUUCCACAUAAGAGGGGAAAGAAAUUGAGAGAUGAAGCUUGUCAACAAAUUCUUAGAUUUUUUCACACAAGUAACAUUCCCUUUAGUUGUGCAAAAAAACCAGAAUUUAAAAAAAUGUUUGAAUUGGUUGGAAAAUGUGGUUCGGAAUUUGUACUUCCUUCCUACCAUGAACUUGAAAAUUUUCCUCUAGAAAAAACAAUGAAGAAUACAAUUAAUAUGCUUGAGUGCAUAUAUGAUUGGAAGAAGACGGGUUGUUCAAUAAUAUGUGAUGAAUGGACAGAUACAAAGGGAAGAUUUUACUGUCAUUUUUUGAUGAAUAGUCCAGAGUGUACUAUUUUUUUGAAAUCUAUUGAUACAUCUAACUUUUCUGAAACAAUUGAAAAAGUUUUUAAGGUGUUGGAUGAAAUAUUUGAAGUUGUUGGAGAGGAGAGUAUUGUUCAAGUAAUAAUUAACAAUGCUCCAAAUUAUAAGGUUGCCGUGGAGGUAUUGAUGGAAAAGAGAAAAAGGAUUUUUUGGAGCCCUUGUGUUAUCCAAUUGUUAGAUGGAAUUCUAGAAGACUUUGAGAACAACUUGUCACAUCAUCAGAUAAUUAUCGGUAAAUGUAAAAAGAUAAUUGCAUUUAUUUAUUCAAGUACCAUAGUUAUUUUGAUGUUAAGGGAUUUCACUAAAGGCAAGGAUUUCAACGGACCAACUAUUACUCGAUCUGCUACUGCAUAUUUGACUUUGUUAUAUCUUAUUGAUAUGAAAGACGCACUUAUUGCAAUGUUUUCAUCGGAGCAAUGGAAUUCAAAUAAAUUGGCAAAGACAAAAGAGGGAGAAGAAAUACAACAAAUAGUUCAGGAUUGUAGAUUUUGGCGUGAAAUGGUCUAUUGUCUGAUCUUUGCUGUUCCUAUCAUUGAAGUACUUUUGAAGAUAUAUUCCAAUGAGCAACCAACCAUGGGAUUCAUUUAUGAAGAGAUGAAUAGUGCAAAAGAGAGUCUUCAAUCAUGGAAUAAUAUAAAAGGGUAUCAGACUAUUUGGAAAAUAAUUAAAGAGAGAUGGAAUCCAAUACUUCACCCUCAGUAUAUAGCAAGUCAUCUUUUGAACCCUCAAUUGCCUUACGAUUCCACUUUCAAGUCUACUUCUGAAGUUAAUGAGGGACCUUCUGCUUGGUUAGCGAAAAUGGUUAUUGACUAUGAUGAUGAUCUAAGCAUGACUGCAGAAAAUCUGAAAAAGAUAGAGGAUCAAAUUGCUUAUUUUUCAACUUCAAAGGGAUUAUUUGGAAGUGAGGAUGCAAAUUUGAUGAGAUAUACAAAGCAUCCAGCUAAGUGGUGGGAUUCAUAUGGAAAGGAUUGUCCUGAACUGCAAAGGAUGGCGAUUCGCCUAUUAAGUUUGACUUGUAGCUCUUGUGGAAGUGGACAAAGUUGGACUGCAUAUGACGAUGAGCAGGUUUACCCAAAGAAAAUAAGCUGCUUGUUUCAAAAGAAGCUGAAUGAUUUGUUUCAUGUAAUUCAAAAUUUUAAAUCAAGCAUUCAACGAGCUAGAACAAAAAAAGGUUGAGAGCGAAGUGUUGUCCUCAGAAUAAGGAAUUGAUAACUAAAAAGGAAGUUGGUGAAGUAAGUGGAGCAAAGAAGGAUAUGCAAGUGGUUCGUGCUUUGGGAGGACUGAGAUGGUGCCCCAGGCAACCGCGGUGAGCAAGGAAACGUUGUGCGGCGCCGCCGACAAUGCAUCUGCAGGAGCGCACUCUUCGAUGGAGAUGGAUGUACCUGCGUCGCCACCUCCGGCCAUGAAUGAUGAUCAAAUUAAUUAAGCACUAAUUAAUGUUAUUCUAGAAGAUUAUAGCGGCUAUGCCACAAAUAUGCUCAAUGUGAGAUAUUCCAUCAUAUUUUAUUUUUCUUACUUU